UCGUCAAGCAAAGGGGAAUCCCGUGAAAAGACCCAGUUUCAAAAUAGUAUUGAACGUAGGCAUCUUGUUGCGUAAGAACUAGCUAAACCUGUAUCAUGACCAGUGCAGAGAGAAACACUGACUAUGACAAUCCCCUGGUUGUCCCUUACAGCUCAAGCGCAAGAUCACAGUCCUCACUCUGAACCUAGCACAGAAACGGACCUCUUCAACAAGUUUUCUGUUGUUUUUCUUUAUGCCAACAAUUCCGAGAUUAUAGAGAGUAAUGAUGCUAUACCUGACAAUGCUAGAAGCCAAUCAUAUUCUUUAAGAGAUACAACCUCAACCAGUCACAUUGCAAAAUCAAUUGCAGUGCAGCCAUCAUUGGAAUUUGGAAAAAAUGAAGGGGACAUCUUAAUUUCUCAACAUAUUGGUCGACAAAAUUUCAGUGUUUGUGAAGAGGAACAUUAUUGUGGGGGAUAUUUUAGCAGGGAUGUUCUAUUUGAAUUGUUUGUUUCCUUCAUAUUGUGCUUAUGUUAUUUUUGUUCUUUGAACAAAUGAUCUCUGAUCAUAAUUGUUCAUUAUUGUGGCAAAGUGCAAUACUGUCCUUUGUUUUAAACGAAACAAAUAAUCAUAGGUAGAAUUCUUCAGGAAGUGAGAGUUGAGCAUUGAUAUUGUCUAUGAUAAAGUUUUCAUAUUAAUUUUAAAUGGGUUCCUUUCCAUGGAUGGCUACAAUUAUCUUUGAAAUGGGUAGAAGUGGUUUUGGGGUUGAAUAUUUAAACAAGUUUUUCAAACUGAUUUGCAUUCAGUGUGCACUGGUGUAAAAGAUGGCUGAUGAUUCACAAUUGUCAGACACAUUGGGUGGAUAUUUUGAUCGUAAGUUAGAAUACCCAGAAUCAGAUAGCACAUGUUUUAUGAACUAUGAACUUAUUCGAUUGAAGAGCUUUGAGAAUUGGCCAAAGGACAACAAAGUAUUUGCUAUUCACUUAGCUGCAGCAGGUCUUUACUAUAUAGGAAGUGGACAGACUGUAAAGUGCUUCCAGUGUGAUUUCAUUAAAGAACACUGGCAAAAAGGAGAGAUCCCUUUUGAUGCUCAUAAAAGAUUUAACCCUAGAUGUCCGUUCAUUGAUAGUAGUUGUAGAACAAAUAUUCCAGUACCUUUAACAAAUAGAAAACUACCUGACAAAUUUAAUAAGAUAAAAAGUUUGUUAGAAUCAACACAUACAGAACAGACAAGUAUGUCUGCAACCAGUUUACCAGAGGUGUCGCGUUCACCUAUUUCCUCACAAUUUGGAGAGUUCAGUCGGUCAAGGUCACUGGAACCACCAAAUGACUCUAUAAGAGUCAACCAAAGUCCUUCCAUCAAUCGUUCAUUAGAAAGGUUUCCUCAGAGAAUUCCAAGUUUACCAGAGGUGCGUGCUAAUGUUACUGAUGAUGAACAAAGAGGUGCCAGUCACAUCCCAAGCUCCAAUUCUUCAUUUUCGAGUCGUAGAAUGCUGAACCAAAGGAGCCAGUCUGUGGAAAGCUCAUUUGCAGGACCAGCUUCUACAACAUCAAGAAGUACAGUUAGACCAAGAGAUGUUCAAGAAAUAAGGACAAUGUCCAAUCCUGGAACACUAGGGUCUUCAGGAUCAGGGAGUUCAUCGAGAAUGUCUGUUUCAGGAUCAUCUGGUAGGGUUUCUCAGUCAGAAUCAGCUAGUUCAGGUAGGGUUUCCAACUCUAGAACUUCUGGAUCAUGGAGAGUGUCUCAUCUUGGAACUGCAGGACCCCUUCAAUCUGAUAAUUCAGUGUUUCAAAGGGCAGUACUAGAGAAAGACCCAGGUGUCCUGCGUUUUGAAAGAAAUAGACUGGAGACAUAUCGAACAUGGCCUCCAAAUUCUCCUGUGAAUCCUCGCGACCUUGCAAAAUCUGGGUUUUACUACACAGGAUCAGAUGAUCGUGUUCAGUGUAUAUAUUGCCGUGGUAUUCUUAAAGGCUGGGAUCCAGGAGAUGUAGUACAUAUUGAACAUAGAAACAAGUUUCCCAGAUGUCCAUUUAUUUUAGGGAUGAAUGUAGAUAAUAUUCCUUAUACUCCAAACCAGACAUCUUCGGGAACCACUAACGCUAUCAACCAGAAUUCAAGAUUUUCUCAGCAGGCACCCUCACAGAUGGAGGCUCUCGGUAUAAACACAGACAGACCAAAACAUCCCCACUAUGCUAUAGAAUCAGCACGUCUGUCUUCAUUCAGGACAUGGCCAACUUACAAACACCAAACACCAGAGCUUCUGUCAAAGGCUGGCUUUUUCUAUGCUAAUUUUGGAGACAAUGUAAAAUGCUUUUAUUGUGAUGGUGGCCUAAAGAACUGGGAACCUGGAGACAACCCAUGGGAGGAACAUGCCAGAUGGUUCCCAAAAUGUCCAUUUGUCCGCAACGUUAAGGGAGAGGAUUACAUCCAAUCAGUGCAGAACAGGUUUAACACUGGAGCACAACAAAACAUUGUCAAUAGAGGGAGAAAGAGGCAUUCAGGUCAGCGAUUUCCUAUAGAGGAAAGAGAGAUUAAAGCACGGAUGGAACUACCUAUGGUGCGAGCUGUACUGGAUACUGGAAUGGACAGAAAUGUUGUUAUGCAGGCCAUCAGGAACAGAAUGGAGGAUAUUGGUGAUGACUUUCCCAAUGCUGAGACCUUGAUGAAUGCUGCCUUGGAAAUCAUUGAUGAUCCUGAACAGUUCAGUGUGGUGAAAUCAAGACGUUCAGGAUCAGUCUCUCCCUCUAAUGAUCGAAGUGAAACAGUUGCAGAAGCAGCUUCUGAAGAUCCUAGCAGCUCAAAUGGCGAAAAAUUCAAUUCGGGAAAGUCGGAUGAUCAAGAUCUUAGCGAGGAGAUUCGAACAUUGAAAGACCAGAAAACAUGCAAGAUCUGUCUGGAUAAGGAGGUGGGAAUGGUAUUUUUGCCUUGUGGUCACCUCUGUGCUUGUGUCACAUGUGCUCCAGCUGUACAGCAUUGUCCUAUCUGUCGCUGUGAAAUCAGGGGAACUGUCAGAACCUACAUGUCAUGAGAUAGCCUGUUACAUCUGCUGUGAUUCAAAAUUAAUGAAAAGUAGCUAUACUGUGACAUCAGUGAAACUGUCUAAAUCUAUAUGUUGUGAGGAGGUGUCAUGUUUGGUGUGAUUCAGUUUUACAGAAAAUGUCCUAUCUGUGGCUGUGAUGAGGGGAACCAUCAGAACCUACAUGUCAUGAAGUGGAGAAUUAUGUCUGCUGUUACACAACUUAACAGAAAAAUGUCCUAUAUGGGGCUGUGAUAUGAGGGGAACCAUCAGAACCUACAUGUCAUGAAGUGGAGAAUUAUGUCUGUUGUUACACAACUUUAAAGAAAAAUGUCCUAUAUGGGGCUGUGAUAUGAGGGGAGCCAUCAGAACCUACAUGUCAUGAAGUGGAGAAUUAUGUCUGUUGUUACACAACUUAACAGAAGAAUGUCCUAUAUGGGGCUGUGAUAUGAGGGGAGCCAUCAGAACCUACAUGUCAUGAAGUGGAGAAUUAUGUCUGUUGUUACACAACUUAACAGAAGAAUGUCCUAUAUGGGGCUGUGAUAUGAGGGGAGCCAUCAGAACCUACAUGUCAUGAAGUGGAGAAUUAUGUCUGUUGUUACACAACUUAACAGAAGAAUGUCCUAUAUGGGGCUGUGAUAUGAGGGGAGCCAUCAGAACCUACAUGUCAUGAAGUGGAGAAUUAUGUCUGUUGUUACACAACUUAACAGAAGAAUGUCCUAUAUGGGGCUGUGAUAUGAGGGGAGCCAUCAGAACCUACAUGUCAUGAAGUGGAGAAUUAUGUCAGUUGUUACACAACUUUAAAGAAAAAUGUCCUAUAUGGGGCUGUGAUAUGAGGGGAACCAUCAGAACCUACAUGUCAUGAAGUGGAGAAUUAUGUCUGUUGUUACACAACUUUAAAGAAAAAUGUCCUAUAUGGGGCUGUGAUAUGAGGGGAGCCAUCAGAACCUACAUGUCAUGAAGUGGAGAAGUAUGGUUGGUCAGUAAUUAUCUGCUGUAGUUUAAUCUUGUUAUGAAGUCAUCAGUGUCAUUAGAAUCAGAACUUAAACUGUUUGGUUGUUCAUGUCUAUGGUGAUGUCAUAAUUACUAGUGAACUUACUCCUCUCAUUGUACUAAUACAAAUCAUUUCUUUACAGAUGAUUGAAAUUCAGUGUUAGGACAUUGACUCUGUAGUAUAGAAAUAUUUGAGAGGGAUGUACACGAUCCCUUACAUUAGGAGAUAAUAUUGGAAUCCUCUCUGUGUGACGCAGACUCGAAAAAAGAAACCACCCUAAUUGAUUUGAAUUGGCCUUUUUUUCACUUUUUUGUUUGUUUUCUCUAGAUGGAUUUGCUAUGAAUAUUGAUAUUAAAUAUUUUACAGUGUUACUUCAGACCUAGUUUUACUCACAGUUUUGAUGAUACAAGAGUCGUUUAUUUUCAUCUACUACUGCUGUAUGUUGCAUGCAAUGUGGAAUUUAACGUGAUAUAUGGAAUUGUUGGUCUGGUUAGGAAUUCUCCAUCUCUACCCAAGUUCAAGAUGAAUAGAACCAAUUAAUGCAGUGUUUCUAAGAUGGCCCCUAUUCUUCACUAUCCACAUCAUAACAGGUAUGAAAUUCCCUUGUCUCACCCUCUUGUUGAGAUAGGGAAAGAUCGCAUCAGCACUGCCUAGCAUUUAAAUAACAUCACAUACAUGUACAAGUAAACAAACAACAUCAUCACGUACAUGUACAAGUAAACAAACAACAUCAUCACAUACAUGUACAAGUAAACAAACAACAUCAUCACAUACAUACAAAACAAGUAAACAAACAACAUCAUCACAUACAUGUACAAGUAAACAAACAACAUCAUCACAUACAUGUACAAGUAAACAAACAACAUCAUCACGUACAUGUACAAGUAAACAAACAACAUCAUCAUGUACAUGUACAAGUAAACAAACAACAUGUACAAGUAAACAAACAACAUCAUCACAUACAUGUACAAGUAAACAAACAACAUCAUCACGUACAUGUACAAGUAAACAAACAACAUCAUCAUGUACAUGUACAAGUAAACAAACAACAUCAUCACGUACAUGUACAAGUAAACAAACAACAUCAUCACAUACAUGUACAAGUAAACAAACAACAUCAUCACAUACAUGUACAAGUAAACAAACAACAUCAUCACAUACAUGUACAAGUAAACAAACAACAUCAUCACAUACAUGUACAAGUAAACAAACAACAUGUACAAGUAAACAAACAACAUCACCACAUACAUGUACAAGUAAACAAACAACAUACACAAGUAAACAAACAACAUCAUCACAUACAUGUACAAGUAAACAAACAACAUCAUCACAUACAUGUACAAGUAAACAAACAACAUCAUCACAUACAUGUACAAGUAAACAAACAACAUCAUCACAUACAUGUACAAGUAAACAAACAACAUCAUCACAUACAUGUACAAGUAAACAAACAACAUCAUCACAUACAUACAAAACAAGUAAACAAACAACAUCAUCACAUACAUGUACAAGUAAACAAACAACAUCAUCACAUACAUGUACAAGUAAACAAAGCAGGUGAAAGAUAUUUGGACUGAUUAGGAUUUUUUAUGCAUGGAUAACAAAAGAUUUAAGCUCUGGUUAAACCCUAUCUGGAGUAAGCCAGCUAGUACGGUUGCCAAACAAGAAAAAAGACAUUAAUUCAAUUGAAAAUGAACAAAGGCAUGCCAAUCAGUAUGUGGACAUGAUCAAUGUGUGCAAGUUUGUAAUUGAAAAAUACAACAAGAGAGUAACUACAGAUCAACUACAUUUGAUCUACAAUUGAAGCACACAGAGCAUUUCCAGGAAACUGUUGAAAUACCAUCACUAGAAAGAUGUAAUAUAUAUAUAUAUUGUAUAGUUGAUAUGUUAAACAGUGUGAAAUAUGAGGUAAUGAGAGCUAUACAAACAUUCAUCAACUACAUAUGAUAGAUAAAUCGUUGGAGACUGAUCCAAUGACAUAUAACUUCAGUAAAGGCUAUAGACUAAUCAAGAUACAAUUAAUAAUUAGGAUAAGUACAUGUAUGUAAGGAGAUCAAUUAUACGGACCUGCAAAAAUAAUCGCCUUGACAAGGAAUUUCGCUUCCAGGGAUUGCAAAAAUAAUCGCCUUGGCAAGGGAUUUCGCUUCCAGGGAUUGCAAAAAUAAUCGCCUUGGCAAGGGAUUUCGCUUCCAGGGAUUGCAAAAAUAAUCGCCUUGACAAGGGAUUUCGCUUCCAGGGAUUGCAAAAAUAAUCGCCUCGGCAAGGGAUUUCGCUUCCAGGGAUUGCAAAAAUAAUCGCCUCGGCAAGGGAUUUCGCUUCCAGGGAUUGCAAAAAUAAUCGCCUCGGCAAGGGAUUUCGCUUCCAGGGAUUGCAAAAAUAAUCGCCUCGACAAGGGAUUUCGCUUCCAGGGAUUGCAAAAAUAAUCGCCUCGACAAGGGAUUUCGCUUCCAGGGAUUGCAAAAAUAAUCGCCUCGACAAGGGAUUUCGCUUCCAGGGAUUGCAAAAAUAAUCGCCUCGACAAGGGAUUUCGCUUCCAGGGAUUGCAAAAAUAUUCGCCUCGACAAGGGAUUUCGCUUCCAGGGAUUGCAAAAAUAAUCGCCUCGACAAGGGAUUUCGCUUCCAGGAAUUGCAAAAAUAAUCGCCUCGACAAGGGAUUUCGCUUCCAGGAAUUGCAAAAAUAAUCGCCUCGACAAGGGAUUUCGCUUCCAGGGAUUGCAAAAAUAAUUGCCUCGACAAGGGAUUUCACUUCCACGGAUGAUCUUGUGUUUGACAACUCAAGAAUCUUACCUUAGGGUAAAGAUCUGCACAACUAAUUCCCAAAUAGGUAAAAGAUUGUGUUAAUGUCAGCCAACAAUUGAUAUUCUACAACAAAAUCACAAUAAAGAGAAGUUUGGAAUGAGAUGUUACAUUAACAGUCCAAAACUAUAUACACCUAUAAAUUAUGUAUUAAACACAUUGUUAAUAGAUACUUAAAUUAAAGUUCAAGACUUCCUAUCUGGAAUAGGUGUCAGAAAAACUUUUUUUUUUUUGGAUAGCUAAAACAUUGUUCUUAUCGCGGAGUCAUAGAAAGGUGACUUAAGACAGACUGGCAAGAUAGAAAAAACUGAAACACAUGAAAGUUCCUGAAAGAGAAAAUAAUCCUUGGAAAAAAAGUGUGUAUAUGUAUACCAUAUCAUGGAUAUGACAAAUCUGUGUUUCAUCCUGGGGUUGAGAUAGUUAUGGUAAGUUCUAUGUCACACUUAAAAAUCUUUACACACAAAUAUUGAAGGAAGAAAGGAAAGUCCAGUCUGAUCACUAUCUGGUCUUAUUUAUUCAGUGCUGUCCAUUAUGUAUUACUAUGUUAAAUGAUGUAUGAAAAGACCUAGUCACUUGUCUAUUUAAUUAUCAAUGAAAAUGUUUUACAACUUCAUUAAUUUAAGCACUACUUAAUUAUGGUUGAAACAGUUAAUACUUAAUUAGUAAAACAUAGUAUUCUUAGCUUAAUUAUACUGUUUUUACUCUUUAAUGACUAUAUCCCAUGUAAAAUUACCAAUCUCACUACUCCUUUCCUUUGCAUCCCACCAAGCUUGCUGAUUACUUUAAACACGAACUUCUAGAUCGACUUAAAAGAACGCAGUGUCUUAAAGCUUGUGUCUUAAUGCUGGUAGAAUAGAUGUAAGAAGAUGUACAAUGUAUUGGGACUGUUUAAUCAGUCUUUUUAAUUCAAGGAAGAAUGUAUUGUGGGUAAUAAUUGUUUGUGUAUUUUUCUUUUGGACUAUUACAUGCAUUAUGAAUUACUUUAUUAUU